CAACCUGUAAUGGGGACCGCUAAGUACCUCACAGAGGAGCCUGGGUGCCUCAUUUCUGAAGUGAGACUAGGAAGAGAAGAUGAACAAUUCCCUGGAUUAUCUAGCCUACCCUGUAAUUGUUUCUAAUCACAGACAGAGCACAACCUUCAGAAAGAAGCUGGACUUUGGCCACUACAUAUUUCACAAGAAUAGAAUACAAAUAGUGAAGCCUACUGUUGAUACCAAACCUCCAGUGGCGCACACACAUCACAUUUUAAAACUGAGCAAACUACAGGGUGAACAAAAGCGAAUCGACAAAAUCGAAUACGAAAACAAGCAACUGUGUCAGAAAAUCGCAAAGGCCCAUCGUGGCCCUGCCAAGGUGGAUUGCUGGAAUGAAUAUUUUUCCAAGAGCUUAAACAGAGAAACAAGGAACCGGGAACUAGUGAGAAUCACUGUGGAAAACCAGGGCAUUCUGAAGAGGCUUGGUGAUCGCAAACCCCACUAUGACCGCAGGUUGUCCGAGAUGGACUGGCAGAAUUCAAGGCGCUAUAUCAAAAAUACAACAAGAUAUCUUCUCUCCCAAGAUGAAUAGGUUACUCACCAUGGAAAAGAUACAAGAGAAAGCCCUAAGAUUUCUUAGCUGCUUGGAAUUUCAAGACACUCCUAAGUGGCUGAAUGCUUAAUCUUAGGAUGCUACAAUAAAGCUUGGAACAUAAAAUGA